AUGGAUGGGAAGCUGCUCGUUACUGGCUGCGACAGCAGCUACAUAUACACAUGGGACGAUUCAGCCAUUAUCAAAGAAGCUGGCCUUCUGUUAGAUAUUGCUGAUGCUACACCACGAUCAGUCCCAAAGAUCAAAGAUGCUUGUCAAAUACCCUAA